CUUGUUGCACUUUUUUAAGUAUUGACCUUGACAUAAGUCUAUAGUAUGUGAUGUCUCUUAGGUUGCUUUUUGGCUCAGUGAAACUAAGACAUCUUUGGAUGCUAGUUUUGGCAUAUGUUAUCUCGUUCAUUGUGGUGGAUCAUCAUAGCUUUUCGCUGAUACCAGUUUGGGCUUUACAUUUAAAAACUAAUAAACAUGUUCCAGUUGAGUCAGAUGGAAAUUCUAGCAAUUUGUUUAGCACAGUUGUCGAGUACUCAUCACACAAUUGGAGCAUCUACUUGUCAGUUACUGUUCCUCAAUCAAAUAGUAGUUCUUCAUACGAUUUGGUCGUUUUCCAACUCCCUAUGUCAAAGUCACUUGAGUUUUCUGUUAUGGAUCCUGAUCGUAAAAUAGCUAAUUUUCUAAAUUUCCGAAAAAUACAGUCAAACAGUUUUAACCGAAAACCGGUCAGGUUGAAAUCUUUGUUUUAUAAAGGUAGUUUGAUCCAUGUGGUUGUAGAAUGUCGCAAAAUUAGCUCUCCAGUGAACUCUUAUGUUUUACUUGAGAUUGCUGUGUACAAUAGUCAGCUCAGAGAGACAUGGAGGAGAGCUCUUUACCAAAUUCUACUGGAUGAGAAUGCGCUAGACUUCAAAUCAGUUCCUAUCUCCUUAUCACUUGAUUUAACAUGCGGUUUGGUUUAUCCUAGACUUUGUGGGGUGAUCUUUGUCGGUUUCCUGACAAAUAAUAUCAGCUUAUCACAUUACUCUACCAUAUCCCUUUCAUUGGAUGAUGGGGAAAUACUUUGGCACCAUCUAGUUGGUGAUUUUGAAGAUUCGAUAAAAGCUUAUGAAAGUGAUUUAGUUUUGAAGAACUGGAAAAUACGCAUUUCGAAACAAUAUCUGUUUAGAACACAUAUUGAUGAAUCCCCGUGGACCGAAUUUACUGAAAGUCUCUCCCAUAUUUUCAGAUCGGAUCAACUUAUACCAUUCUCUCUACUCCGGUAUCUGGUGGUCUGAUUAGUCGCCAGCUUGGAUCGCCUACAAUUUAUGAACUACGAAUUGCUUCGGAAAUUACGGAUUCCCCAUCAAAUGGUUUGAAGAUAAAAGUGCAUUCUAGUUCUGACCAUGUUAAUUCAUCUCUGGAGAGUGACUUUUCACAUACUGUCGACUGUCAGGGUAUAUUCAUCCGUCACGAAUCUGCACCUAACAGCUGGCAAGCAGUCAAAUCGUUUUACUCAAACGAAAUGAUUGCAAUUCAUUCAUCGACUUAUCAUGGUUUGUGUCGUCCUUUCAGAAUGUGGGAGUAUUCCAGACUAGGUAGAUCUAAUUGGCAAGAAGAUUCAAGAAAAUCUACUCCACCAGUUGUGGUGAAAAGGUAGUUUUAAAAGUCGUUUUUAUGUGCUUUUAUUUAAAUAGUGACACGAAUCAAAUUAAUGAAUCAAGUUAAUGGCUUAUAAAACUUGCUGGUUCGGUUAUGAAUUAGUCAUAUCAUUACUAGGUUUUCAACAACGUUUCAUCUUUUGACUAUAAAUUCCAAUGCUUUAGUCAGUCAUAAUCAAAAUAUAGCGCGGCAUAAAUAUACGUUAUCCCAAGUUGCCAUACCAUAUCAGGAUGAUGAGAUGAAAUCAAUAAGUAGCAAACAAACCAAAAUAAUGUAAUAGUGAUGACCAUGAGAACGAUCCAACAUUGAGAAUAUGAUUCAAGAAGACAGAAUAAAAAUGGUAUACAUAGAAGAUUUAGAGGAGGAUAAACGAUAAAUAUGUGUCAUUGUGACCAAUUCUGAGUCGUCUCUCCUAAAGUCUCUAACCAUUGAUCUCAGUUGUGUGUCCACCUUCUAACAUACUUCAUAGGUUGUUUUGUUUGGCCACCUGUAGCGUUUUUCCAACCUACCUUUACUCCAUCCAGCAUUGCACAUUGAUUUAGUUUGUGCUUAUGUGCGCAUAACAUAUGUCUCAGCCAUAUCAAUCUAUGAAGAUUCAUAGCCUCAUUAACUAAUUUGGCGCCUUUAACACUACUUUUGGCUUUUGAUAAUCCUUUAUAACCAUGGUUCUAGAGCUUAUGACUUCUUUUUGUGCUAGAUAUUUGUGGCAUAGAUUUCGAAUAUAAUCAACACUAAGACAGAAUUUGUUUAGUUCAAUGAAGGUAGAAAGGUUCAUUAGCUAAGAAAUAGGUCGAUGAAGUUGAUUUUAUCAGACAAAUUUGUUUCAUCUAUUCCUGUCAUAUUGUUUCUGCUUAAUGAUUUCUCAUCCUGUGAAAACACUUUAUGUUGUUGGUUGAUACCUGAUUUAUUCGGCACCAUUUAGGUAAGAGACUGAGUAACGUUUUUUACUAAUUUGCUGAAAAGACUUUAUUAACCAACUAAAUAUAGACGUUAAGUGUUCGCGCGCGAGAUCGAAGGUCCUGGGUUCAAUUCUUGUGUGCAGGGUCGUAAAUUCGCACUGAUGAGAAGUCCCAUACGAAGACAAAAUGGCCGGUUAGUGCUCCCAAGUUUUCAGUGGUGGUCUAAUUGAAACCUUGGUUCAUAAUUUAAAUGAAAUUCAAUCAUCUUCACGACCCCAUUCUGAUAAAUAUAAAAGUUAUUAUUAAGAUGAUGAUUUGAUUAAAACAUACAUUUUAACAGUCCUACAUAUUUAUUUCUUAAUGGUUUUCAAAAAUGCAUACUACCAGUGAAUUCUGUUGUAAAACAUAGUGGUCUUAUAUUUUAUAACUGACAUCAAUCAUGAAUCAGGCUAAAUGUUAAGGCUUGUUUAAAAUAUAAUGUUUAUUUUUUGAUGACUUGAAUAAAUUCUGAUGACUUAGUGAAUACUUCACUCAACAUACGGUUUGGAUUAUCUCACAUCUUUAAUUGCAUUCGUGAAUGGAUAGAGGUUUAAAGUAAAAUAAAUUUUCUAGUGUUCUAUUAGACAAUACAAUAUACAGCUCGACAUUCUUUUAUUUUUGUCAGUUCAAGACUAAUCAUAGCAACUCAGUCGGGUUGUGUACUCACUUUAUUUACCAUGAUCUAAUAAUAAGAUCGAUUUUAUUUGGGAAAAUGCCCUUAAGAAUAAGGUAAUGAGUAGAUGGAGACUAUCAUCGUUUUCGCUCAAUGAAUCUUCAUUUCGUUUGGGCGCCUACUAAGCCUCAUCGUUCCACACACAACUGAGUUAAUGCAGCCGAACUUAAGUGAUAACUAUUAUUAAGCGAAGUGAGUUGUCUCUAUUUUCAUUUAUCGGUAUUAAAAUGGUCAUAAACCUAUGUAACGAUUAGUGUACGCCACUUGAUCUCUUAUUUUUCCUCUAUUUUUGAUGUACAGACAUAUUCCAUUAUCAGGCUUAGCUAGAUUAUGGUAUUCGUUGAUGCAUGAUAAAUCUGAUGAAUUCAAUCAUUACGGUAUGAAUCAAGAUUUAAGCCAUACAAGUGAUCAUGAACAUCAUGACAUUUACUUUUUAACUUCGGAUGGAAUUAUUACUUCUGUAUCGAACUAUGGGUAUGAAAACUGGCGCGUAAGUUAGUAUAUUGUUUGGUGCUAGGUUCUAAUGUGUCACUUCCCAAAUUGAUCUUCACCACAGUAUGAAUAGAGAUGAAAUUAAGAUAUUUGAGCAGAGACCAUAUAUAUUAAUAUUGUUUAAACAAUUGAUCAGUGUUCGUUUUGAAAAUGAUAGUUCAUUGUUCUUGUUCCACCGGAUGUACCUGCAUCCCAGAGUUGAUGUUCACUCAAAGACUCGAAUCCAGUUCUGCACAUCAAUAGGAAGAUCCAAGCAACCAAUACAAAAUGAAUUAAUCCUCACUUCAUUGCACAAGCUAGUGGUUAUCUAGACUCAGUAGCUAAAUGGAUAAUGUGAUGGUGUUUGAAGCGAACAGUGCUGGGUUCGAGUCUCGGAGUGGACAUCAACUCUGGGAUUCAGGUACAUAAAGCUGAUGAGUCCGAAAUAGGGCGGGACGCGCAUCCUGGAUUUCGCUGCUAGCCACUACGAUCUUAGCUUAUAAUGCUUGUGACUGAAAGCAAUAUCGAGACAAUCCGUACAAGAUGCACAUAUGCCCAAUAAGAGACUGAUCAAUCGCAGUCCUAAAUAUCAAUGGGAGGAUUUAUGCAAUCAAUACAAAAAUGAACUAAGUGCUUUAUAUGUUUUGUAUUCUGUCAUUAAUCAUAAGCAUUUCUGGCGAUAUUACGGUUAGUUUCUUCCACAAAAGGGAUAGGCUAGUUUUAUUUGACAACCCAUUAUUUCUAGUGAUUUAUAAUUGAAAUUGUAAUGAGUUGAACAGAUUGUAGCAUGCUGUUAGUAUAAUAAAUAAAUAGUGAUUUCGAUCAGGAAUCAUUUUGAAAUCUUUGUAACUUCAUUAAUAAAUUUCAGCGGACUUUUCAAUUUACCUAAUAAGUGCUGUUAAUAACGAUAAGAAUGAUCAUUUUCAGUGCUGUUUUCACUUAUCCUUUGUAAGAAAGAACAAAACCUAAAAUUUUCUUGCUAUUGUUGAGUUGCUUUGUUGCUUAUUUUUACCGAGGAUUUUUGUUUUAUUCAUUUACCAGUUGCUGUCAUCUUACUUAAACAUCAUAUUCUCGAAAUAAAGUGUUUCUUUAGUUUGGUAGUAUUGUGGUUAUACUACUUAUGUUGACAAAUGUAAGUAGUAUGUAACUGAUCAGAAGUGAAAUGCCUGGCAUCCGAAGGUUGAGAAGAUCGAAUUGAAGAAAACAGGAAUGUAAACAAGGAUUAACUGUAGUGAAAACGAGAAUGAAGGAAAGAUGAAGCAUUAUGAAUCUUUUCCCCCAAAUUGACCAUUUGUUCUUGUUGCAUUCAAAUCAUUGUCUUGAAAAUUGUUUGUAGGUAAAUUCUGAAGUCUCCUGGUUACAAGUUUCACGAACCUUAGGAACACUUACGUCUCAUGGAGAGGAAAGAUCUGUUGAUAAGCAUUUAGAUGAUCUGUACAUAGAACACUUUCAUCCCUCGUUAACUACAAUCAAUCUUGCAUCUUUAGGACAAGGAUUUGUUCGUGAUCUUAGCGUAUUUUCCAAGAUAAAGGUAGGUUCAUAUGAUUUAAAAAAUACCAAAAGCUUGUUGUUGAAAAACCUCUCAUUUUCUAUUAUAACUGCCCACCAGCGUAACGAGGUCAAAUCACUUUGACUGUGUUUGUAUUUAUGUCAUCUAAACACUGACUUACAAUAAAGGUAAUAUCCAAUCACAAUGAAGUCUAUUCAGAUUCUGGAUAGUGUUGCCUGCUGACUGUAUAUAUCAGUAGAUGUAUUUCUAUUUACUCACUUUUUGAUUUAAUUUCUUUGUUAAUCAGUGGGUUAGUUUGCUUUUUUAAAAUUCUACCUCCGACAUCUGCUUAAGUAGUUAUGAUUAUUUGAUAUUUAUCCGCUCUGUUGUUUGAUUUAGCUCCAUGUGCUUGUAGUUCAGAGUAUAGGUGUUCAAAUUGAAUCGGCAUUUACGAUUAAAUUUUAAUUGCUAAUAUUUUCAUUGUCGAGCUAAAAAUCAUCAUCGGUGAUACCGUUUUAGUGAAUAAAGUUUACUCAAUUGGAUGAAAAUCCAAGUGUAUAACUUAUUCAAUCUAUACUUUUUUCUUCAUGGAGGGGUAAUAAUUCUUUUCUACUGUACUGUAAUUGUUAACCAGUCUUCCAGUUAUGUGAAGCCUUUAAAAGUGGGGAUUUGUAGCUCAGGUUGAUGAUUUUGGUGGGGUUUGUUCUAUGAGCUGGAUGGUUCGGCCGUCGAGCUGUCAUCGUUCUUCUGAACAGCGCCAUCAGUAACAACUUCACGUAGAUGUGCUCGGAUUUUUCCACAUAUGACUCACAGCUUGUCCUGUAGACCUAGAUUUGGACCUUUAAUCUCUCAUUGUUUACUUUAUUUUGAUUGUAUAUCCUAUUGAUUUGAUUAUUUUUCAUAUAUUUGUCCAUGAUUUUUCUGAUCUGUUGAUAGAUUGGAUUGAUUUCAAUGUGUUUGUUGAUUACUGAUUGAUAUGAGUUCCAAGCUUCUAAAAAUUCUUUGGUGUUUUUAGGAUUCUUUCUAUUCAAGAUCUCGACAUUCAGAUUGUGCUGAUGAUGUUCAGAAGAACGAUGACAGCUCCACGAAUAAACCAUCCUGCUCAGAGAACGAAACUCCACCAUGAGCCUUUAAAAGUAGAUUUCCAGAAAAGGUUUGAGGAUCGCGUUGAGAAUUCGCCUAUUGGUUUUGAGUUUUAGCUUGAAAUUACUAAUUCAAUUUCUAUUAUUAAAGUGUAACUUCCAAGUAAAAAACGUAUAUAUUUUUAUUGUUGUGACUUGAGACACUAAUUGAUAUCACAUGCUAAAUUUACCAGCUACAAUCCUGACUAGAGUUUUUUGUUAGUGCGUCUACUAUUCAGUUUAUAUCCUAGCGUCCUUCGUUUAACUAACUAUACGUUCUGACCCGCACAGUUAACUCUGUGCCGACGAAAGCUACGCUUCUAUUGGUCCGCUAUCCAGAAACCUUUCACUAUCCCCUGCCUUAAGUCUGGAGAGCAGUUAGCAGUCAGCUUCUAGCAUACCCACAUUUUAAUCAUCCAGCCCUGCCAGCCAACACAAUCAAGAACUUUCUCAAACACCCACUGGCCUAUGUACACGAGUUGUCAAACUGCACAACAUACCAAAUAAAAAAAUCACACUAAAUACAAUUAUACUAUAAGCAGUAAAGAGCGAGACACAGUACAUAGUUAGCAAUAAUUGAGGAAUGGUAAAACGUUUAACGAAAAUUAGUAGGUCCAUUGGAAGCUUAUAAUGAAGAAAACGUAGAAAUACAAUAAUAUAGUUAUUCACUGAUCAUACAGUAAAAGCGUGUAUAAUAAUUCGAAAAAUUGUUUCACAAGUUCCAACUUUUCCAGUAUUCGUUUCAUUUACAGUGAAAAUGAUUUUUGUAUCCAAUUAAUGAUGGAACAUCAUAUAUAUUACCUGGUCUAAUCUGUAUGCGAAAUUGUGAGGAUGUAUAUCGGUACCUAGGAUUUAGUUAUAUCAUGUUUUAGACAACUCAUUAAAUACAGGUGCAUUUGUUCUGCCUCGAGCUAUACCUUUUUUCGUUCAGUUUAGUAAUAUUGGUAUCCAAUCAAAACGGUGGGAGCGAAGAAAGCGAGCUGACAUUAAACCGGCUGUGUCUGAUUUUCCCUGUCUUUUUGCCUCUACGACUGAUCAAUACGUAGUUUUUUAAACGUAUAGUUUGAUGAUGAGUCUACCUUCGAAAUGUAUUGUAAUUUUUCGAAUUCGGUAACAACUUGUUAUUUCUAUUUCUCCAGUGCGCCAUUUUUCACUCGCUCUUGCUCUUGUGAACCAGCAAUACUAGCUGCUUAUUUAGAUUGAUCUUUCAUCUGCAGCUUUAUAGUUGAUAGCUGAGUAUGCUAAACACCAAGCAAUGCUUUAUCAUACCAUCUCAAUCGAUAUCAACCAAUAAUAGAUACCUUCAUUGAUGUCGAGCUUAUGAUUUUACUAAUAUUCCUUAAUUGUUGUAUUUCCAGCCUACAAUACCUACUAUGCCAUUAUUGGUUUCUACUGGAUGGGAUUCUGUUGGUGUUGUUGAUCGAACUAAUGGUAAAUUAUUGGCUGCUCAUCGACUCCCAACUCAACCAACUGGUCAACCAAUUGUUAUUUCACUUGCACUAUCCAAUACAACUAAAUUUUCAGAAGUUGUAAAUGUUCCUACUAUAUUGUUGGUUCCAUGUAAUGAUAUGUACGUGUUGUUCUGUAAUUAAAUGUCUUUUAAUGCAAAAAACAUAACAUCAUUAGAUGCUUUACUAUCGAAUUUCAUCGAAUAUUUUUGUUUGCAUAACUCUACCUGUAGUUCAUCUGAGGUUACCACCGGUCCCAUGCCCACACAAAGGGGGAGGGUUGGGAAUGGGGUCAGCAACCACAUCCCAUAGAAAACAAUCUUGCUAAUAAACACUAACCAGAAUAAACAAAUUAAAUCACUUAAACUCUACCCUCCGAGUUGAAGGGUCUUCGUUCAGAAGAAUUAUAACACCUUAUGGCAAAAGCCGAGAUACUUCAGAAGUCACGAGACAGAAUCCCUUCCUAACAACCACAGCAACAAUUAAUAUAGGUACAUGGAAUGUUCGGACAAUGUGGGAGACUGGGAGUACCAAUGAAAUAGCUGCGGAAAUGCGGAGAUAUAACUUGACGGUUCUCGGAAUCAGUGAAACCUAUUGAACCUAGUGUGGACAGGAAAAGAUAGAUUCGGUAGGGAUGUUGCUGUACUCUGGUGACGAAGAAGAAAAUGCUGCACACACUGAGGGAGUUGCUCUGAUGCUUUCAGGAGAAGCUCGUAAAGCACUUAUAGGAUGGGGAUCUCUUGGAUCCAGGAUCAACAAAGCAUCUUUGAAAACAAAGAGGGAGGGAAUCACAAUGAAGACGGCAAUCAGCAACAGUCGAACAAUAACGGAGAAGGUCAAGGUACAGACCGAAUACACAGAAGCAAAUGAGCAAGUGGAUUGGAGUAUUAGAGCUGAUAAGAAGAAAUAGAUGGAAGAGUUAGUAGUGGCAGCGGAGAAAGCUGGAAGAGCGGGAAAUAUGAAACAACUAUAUGAUACAACGAAGAAACUGGUAGCGGAAAAAAUAGUAAGCCAGGUAAGUCAGUCCAGAACAGAGAAGGUUAAACCAAUCACUGAGAAUCAAGAGCUGAGGAACAAAUGGGUAGGUCAACUUGAAGAACUCUUGAAUAAACAGCUCAACUGAACCCACCAAACAUAGCAGCGGUACACACAGACCUCCAACAGAGGUCACUCCACCAACGAUCAAAAGUCAGAAUGGCCAUCAGACAAAUCAAGAGUGGGAAAUCAGUAGGACCUGACAAUAUACCAGCUGAAUCACUGAAAUCCGAACAUGCUACACGUUCGAUGACGAACACUGGUGGGUGGCCUAUACUCUCCCUCGAGGGGUAACAUACGUAUGUAAGUUUGCUUGCAUACAUUUUUAAUCAUUAUUUCUGACCGUUACUGGAUGCAGCUCUACUUUUUGAGAUAAUGGGCAUAUUACCAAACAUCAAUUGCGCUAAAGUAGUAAUAACGUCUCACAAAUAUAAUAAUGUUUGUGGUGAAUUAAUCAUCUUAAAGGCGUAUCACUUACGAAGAAUAUGCUUCAACAUAAGACGGGGUACCCCAGUUCAUUUUCAAUGCAAUUUCAGCUAAUAUAUAUAGCUAAAAUAAAGGUACACCCACAGGUGUUUACUAUAAGAACCGAGGCCACAUUCUUGAAGGUAAAAUGAAGCACUAAAUUUACAAACUAGGUUAAUCUUUUAUAUUUAGCAAGAGAUUAUUGAAGUAUAAAAUUUGAUAAAGCCAAGAGAGAAACAAUGACUGAUAUUUCGCUCAUAUUUGAUCGUCUGAUUAGCUACUAGGAGUAAAAUAACCAUAAGUUAGUGAUUGAAUAAGUAACAGAAUCCUAUGUCUUCAUUAUUUUAUGUUGUUGAGUUAUUAAAAUUUCCAAUUGCACACUUAUUUUGCGAUUUCGUGUCGUAUAAAAUUAAUUAAACUGGAAUUUUCUUUUCUUUUUGCUUUAUUUCCGUUUUUAGACUUGUUGGUUUUGUUUUAGUACAAAGUCUACGCAUAUGGCUUUUGAUACCUUUGAUAAUUAGUUUGACUGUAUCAUUCUUUGUGCUUACAUGGUGUUGUGAUUUGGAUGCAUAAACUGUUGAAAACUUAAAAUUAAUAUUAUUCUGUUUUUGAAUAGGUUUAGCUAAUUUUUUGUAUUUAUGAUUAUUGAUUCUCGGAUUUUAUGUGUCGAUAAAUUUUAAUUAGUACUAUUUGCCUCAACCAUCAUUACUUUAAGUUAGUGGGUCAACGCUGAUAUGGAUCUGUUAUUGUUAUAGUCUGUUGUAUUUCCUUCUAAUGUUCUCCUCAUUUGACUUCUCAUAUACUUGUGUAUUUUCUUAAUCGUGAUAAGAUCAUUUGUCACAUGGGAUGACAGAUAAAAAAUUUGAUAAGAUUUUCAUUUUUCAUUACUUAUAUCUUUAGUUUCCUUAAAUCAUAAUGAAUUGCGAUAUAAACAAUAAUGAACGUAAAAACGAGCAGCAGUAAGGUAAUUUGAAAUACUUUUUGAGAAAUACAUCAUUCUUCAUUAAAGUUUUGAAAAGAGCGUUUGAAAUCAAACACCCUCUAUUAUAUAUGUAAAUUGAAGAACUCAACUAAUUUUAUUUCCCAGCAUAAGGCACACAAUAGUUCUCAUGGGAAUCCUCUCAGGAAUAUGAUCAUUACAUUUUAACGCCGUAGUGAGCUGUUACGACGACUUGGAAGUCUCGACGCUUUUAAACCAACGUUUAGUUUGUUGACCACUUCAUUUCUUUUUGGAAUUGAAGCAGUCAAUCCUGGUCUUCAGAUGAGAUAUGAAAGCUGAAAACAGCCUAAAUGAAUUGUUUAAACAUCUAAGGGUAGCUAAAUUCUAUUCGUCAUUGGUAAAAAAAACCUCACAAUUUAAAAGAUUCAACUCUCAACAUAUUCUUUAUUUUGGCGCCAACUUUUAUUUGCGAAUAAGCUUCUUAUGUACCCAUCCAACUAGUUGAAAUUCGGAUCUCAGCUCAUAGAUUUAAAUCUGAAGUUAGUAUUGGACAUUACGAUAAGGCAAACAAAUUUUGAUCAUAAUGAACUAAUAAAAAACUGCAUAGUAGGAGUGGCACAUUUACAUACAUUUACACUUCCCUACUUCGCAAUGAACAAGAGUCAGCCGCUUAGUGGUUCGACCACUAUUCACUUUUCUUGAAAUCUUACCCUAACUCAUCAUUACUUAUUCAAUAAUAUGUCAUUUUUAAGAUAACCCAGUCAUCUUAGUCAGUGAAGGCUCAUAGCAUCUCUGUUUAGAACUUUGAGCUUAACACUACGGUUCCUCAUUCUACACUUAAUGAAACAAAUUAGCAGAUAUGAUUAACUGGGAAUCUAACGAAUUCGAAUACAUUGCACAGAAACAGCUAGUUCUUUCUCCAAUAGAUUUCCUACAUUGUUUGUUUCAUUUUCAUAAAUGUCCAAGGAAAUAAUUGUGAACAAGAGAAAAAAAGCGAAAAACGCUAAUAGCAUGUCGAAAAGAAUUGAGACAUAAAUUACCCAUGUUCAUUAGCGUUAGCGUAAUGUUUAUCUCAUCAGAGAUUUAUCGAUGUGCUUAUGACUAAUUUAUUGUUCAUAUGGACAACAGAUAGUGAUUUAUCAUGUUUUAUUAAAUUAUACAAUGGGAAACAUGAUUAAUAUGAGAAAAGUAAAAGGGGUGAAUAAAAUUUGUGGGAAGAACAGGAUAUGAAAAGGUAUUGUUAUCUAUAAGUACAAAAUAAACAAACAGUGGGCAUAGAAAGAAGAAAGAAUGUAGAAGCACCUGAAAAAGUUCGAUUUUAUCGUUUUACAGGAAGAAGAAAUGUCACCAACCAACAGAAUUAGGAUUUGUGGGGUUACUUCUCGGUUAUUAUGAGGUAUUGGGAUAACAACCUUGUCGCUUAUAAUGUCUCAUGGUCAGUAUUUUAAUACUGGUCUGUGUAUUGGGCUUUUGGCUGAACUUAAUCACCGACAGUAAGUCAUCCACUGAUAUGAACACUCGGGUACGUUUAUUUCGAAAUCGCAGUUUUAUGGUUGGAUCAUAUAAAUGUCAUAUUAAACAGGAUUUCUCCCAGUUUAUUAGCUUUUUAUGCAUGGGUAAAUAAUAUAAAUAAAUUAAUUUCAUAUAUCUUACGAAUCUCCACUUGUACUGGUUGAACAAUAUCAAAUGUAACUACUACUUUUUGUGGGAAUCAGUUCGAAAACUGUUUAAGACGCGUCAGGAAAUUGAUACUACUUUUAUAGUAAUUCAGUAGUAUGAAGUGUAAAUGUGAACUUGAGUGGUUUCUAGUGUUAGCACGUCUAGGUGGUAGGAUGGAUGAGAAGCCUUGUAUAAUCAUCCAUGUAAUACCCAAUUUUGUCAGUUGGAAAAGUCCGUGCAAUUUAUUGGGAUUGAGUUUAUCAUAAAUAUAUAUAACUGCCUAGUAUUCUUUGUAGUCGUAUUUAGUUACGAUAAGCUUGUCAGCAGUGAAAACAAGCAUGGAAAUUUUAAUGGUUGAAUAAUGUUACUGUUUAUAUUUAUUGUCACUCAACUUAAAGAAAAAUGUUGGAAGCUGGCUCC